UCACAUUAUGAUUUGGUUGCCAGAUCAGGGAAAAGCAAGGCAAGCUAAAGAGAUAAGGUUGAAAUUCUAUUCAAUGGUUCCCCAAGCAUGACCUCGAGAUUCAUCACAUUUGAGAGAGAUGGAAGAGGAAAACCAAAUUAAGCUACAUGGAAUGUGGGGUAGCACUUUCACUAAGAGGGUAGAGCUGGCCCUCAAACUUAAGGGCAUACCCUAUGAAUAUAUUGAAGAAGAUUUGAGCAACAAGAGCCAAUUGGUCCUCAAGUACAAUCCUGUUCACAAGAAGGUUCCUGUCCUUGUUCACAAUGGAAAACCCAUCAUUGAGUCUCUCAUCAUUCUUGAAUAUAUCGAUGAAACCUGGAAGAAUGCUCCCCGGUUGCUGCCUGAUGACCCCUAUGAAAGAGCCAAAGUUCUCUUCUGGGCCAGUUUUCUCCAUCAACAGUUGUUUGAGGAUAUGGGUCGAGUAAUCACAUCUGAUGGAGAAGCACAAGAGAAAGCCACAAAAGACUUGUUUGAGAAGCUGACAAUUUUGGAAGAGGGAAUGAAGGAAUUCUUUCCAGGGGGCACUCCUUCCAUUAAUGGUGAAAACAUGGGACUCCUGGACAUUCUAAUGUAUGCAUUAUUUGGUCCGUACAAAGCUCAUGAAGAAGUCCUGGAAAUGAAGACGAUCGACCCAGAAAGGAACCCACUGUUAUUCUCAUGGGUGAUGGCUCUAACGGAGCUACCUGUGGUGAAAGAGUCAACCCCUCCUCAUGAGAAGCUCGUGGCCCUUGUUCAGUUUAUCAGAGAGAAUGCUCUUCAGUCCUGUGUGGCUUGACCACCUAAUAAUGCGACAAAUGGAGUUUGUGCCUUGCGCUGAUUAGUCUUCUUCUGUGUGGCCCUUCCAUCCGUGUAGAGUAAGUGACAGCAGAAACCCCAGGAUCUUAGCGGGUUCUGCCGACCAAGACUAGCCAUUAUGUUUUUGGAUUUUGCUUGUAACAGGGCACAAACACAACUUUGUUUCACCCACUUGGUUCAAAUAUAAGAAAUUUUUUUAGCAGAGGGCA